UUAUUUAUCGACGCUCGCCAGAGGGCAUGCUCGAUGCAAUAUAAAACCGAUCCGCGAUCGAGCGGCCCGACUUCUCUCUCGACUUUGCAUACUCUGAGCUCGAUCGUGCAGUGCACUAUUCGUUGGGUCAUAAAAUAUCUAUAUAUUGCAUGCCACCACACCACACGAUCUACGUUGCACAUAUCCUCGUGCGCGCUGCGCUGCGUAUUAUGUGUAUAUGUACGAUAUGCAGUCGUGUAGUCUCUAAUAUAUAGAGCUAGAAUCAGUCGGGAGUCUCGAUUAUAACGAAAUCGUUUCUUAUAACGCGCGCGCGCCUCCUCUUUUACCGCGACCUACUUGCGCCGUGCGUGCAGCAGAGCGACCAUUUGGAACGCAUUCAUAAAUCGGCUUUUUACGAUAACGAUUAUUUGGCCCGCGCGUAAAUGAAUGGUCGCGAUUGUAUACUACCAAUAUUUAUCUUUACCUCGAGAACCGGUUAAUCGGACGAAUCGACGAUGAAAUGUUGCGUCAAGGGCUGCAAAAAUUUGGUUAGGUUUCAAUUUCCUCGCGAUCAAGAGUACCAGCGGCGAUGGCUCGAAGCCAUCAGGCGACCCAAUUACGUGCCGAGGAGAAAGAACGGACUGUGCCUCGAUCACUUCGAGCCCGAGUUCAUCGUUACCGAGAGUCACUACAAAGGCAUUAAAUUGGAGAGACUUCGGCUGAAAAAAGAUGCAGUCCCGACGCUCUUCGAUUGGGAUCCUCAGCAGAGCGACAAGAUCGUUAAUUCACGUUGUAACUGUAGCAGCGGCGGUGCAGGCAAGGUCAACAAACAGCCGAACGGCAAGAGUCAGAAGAUCACCAAAAACACGCCCGUCAUUCUCUGUCACUCAUUUUUUCAGAAAGUAGGAAGCGAUCGUUGCGAGGCGCGAGUUCUAUCUUUGGACGAGCGAGUUAUCCUUGAGAAUUUGGACGUCGGAGCGAGUUCCGAUUUGCCGAUAUUGGCUGUACAAACGAACGAUUGUUCGUCGGCAAAAGUCGAAUACAUUUUUGGACAGGAGAUCGAUAAUUACGACGAUGCAUACGCGCAACAAGUGGAACUUUACGAGGAGAUCGUAUCGAAUGGUAAAAAAAGUGACAAUGAUUCUCUCGUCAUGCGUGAUAAGAUGAAAAUUCUUGACCAUCAGGAUCACAAUUAUUGCGCGAAACCAAAAAUAUUAGACCAAAGUACGCAAACUUCCUCCUGGGGAAGGUACAGAAUUGAAGAUAUGUUGAAAGAUCCAAGAGGAUUGUUCCAAUUUACAGGAUUAGAAAAUCCUCUCAAAUUUACAAAUGUUUUUAGUAGUUUAAGUUCAAAAACCCAUGAUCUGCAGAGCAGAGUUCAAGACGUGGGAGAUCUGUCAUUAAAGGACCAAUUAUUUUUAACUUUGUGGAAGUUAAGAAGAUAUCCCUCAGAUUGUGAACUUAGCAGGCAUUUCGGUGUUUCGGAGAAGGCUGUUGAUAAUAUUUUUCAGACUUGGAUACCUUUAAUGGCCAGUCAAUGGUCUAAGACUGAUAUCUGGCCUAGUGAACAGUUGUCUCAAAUAAUGAAAAAAGACACAAAAGUUACCAACUCAAAUAUCAAAUUGCAGCAGUUAAUAAAUAAAAUGAAAUAUUACAGAAUUUUAUCAAAAAAAGUCAAGAGACACAUUUCUCAAAUAAAAGAAAUCACUGGUAUAUGUGCAACACUGUGUGUUUUUAAUAAUCAUAAGUUGUUCAGUUAAUAAAAAUAUAUUUUAUUUGU